UAUGAUGCCAAUGGUGAAUUGUAAGGUCAUGUUGUAAAUAUGAGUUGCCAAAAUAUACUCAUAAAGAAGGAAUUUUUGGAAAAUCGUGAGCAACUCAAGGGUGUGCAGAAAAUAAUAACAAUUAUAAUCCAGGUAUAAAAUUUAUUUAAUCAUUUUCUUAGUUUCUAUUGUGUAUAAGUUUAUUUACUUUAUACUUGUUUGACCUAUGUAGUUAAAUGGUGGAUAACUUAUGGAAAUCACACUCCAAACUUGCAACGAAUGGCGAUAAGGAUCCUCUCAUUAACCAGUAGUUCGUCUGGUUGUGAAAGAAAUUGGAGCACUUUUGAAGGGAUACAUACAAAGAAAAGAAAUAGACUAGAUGUGCAUCGAUUGAACAAUCUUGUCUAUGUCCAAUUUAAUGCAAAACUGAUGAACAAGCAAAAGAGGGAGAAGGAAAGGAAUAUUGAUGUGCUACUUGCUAGUGAUGGCAACAAUGCACAAGGAUGGAUUGUUGAAGGAGGAGAUGAUGAAGAAAUUGAUCCUGGUACGGGGCUUACUUGGGAAAUGGUUGGUGAAGUAUCUGGAGCAGAUGAGAUGCUUCAACCUCGAAGAAGUUCUAGGAUGAGAGAGCUUCAUGAAGAUGAUUUCCAAUCAGAAGAAGAAGAAGAUGAGCAAGAGCUCAAUGAAUUUGAUUUUGAAUCUGAUGAUGAUCAUGUAUUAGAAGAAUAUGGAGAGGAAGAAGUCUAAUUAGAUAGUUAGAUACUUAAAUUCUUUAAGUAUGGUUUAUGUUGCAUUAUUGUUGCUUUUGUUUUAUUGAAUCUAGUACUGAUCUACAACAGUUUGUUUUCUCAUGCUUAAUUCUAUAUUUCACUUGUUAUUCCAUUAUUGUUGUAUUAUUGGUUUAUGUUGCAUUAUUAAUGCUUUUCAACUUUGAUUUAAUUGAAAAUAACAUCAAAUUACAUCACAAAAUUUUAAAAAAAAUAAAAAAAAUAGCAGUUUUCCUAGGCCUUGCCUAGGCGCUAGGCCCCAGCUUGGCGCUCGACUAGCGCCUUUUAGAACACUGUUUGAACUUGGCAAAUAUUUCAUUUUUAUGUUUCAAAAUGAGGAUCUAUACCUUCAUUGAAUAAUCAUCAAUGAAGGUUAGCAUAUAUCUGCCACCACCGUGAGAAGGUACUUGGGAAGGACUCCACAAAUGGGAAUGCAUAUAAUCCAACGUACCACUUGUUCCAUGAACUGCAGUGUUGAAUUUUAUCUGACACUGUUUUUUGAAUAUAUAGUGCUCAUAGAAGUCUAAUUUCCUAACUUGCUGGCCACAAAGUAAUGCUUGCUUCACUACAGGAAAUUUGGUCAUUAGUGGCGAAACAAAAUCGUUACGUAUGAUUAGAAUUUCGUCACAAAAUUGUCUUGGUGACGAUUUUUUGGCGUCACAGCCAUCGUCACGUUAGGUC